CUCAAAGUGGGACAUAUUCGGACGUGGUUAGAGGUGUGGAAGGGUACAGUUAGAGAUGGGACAAAAUCAUGCACUUACCUUGCCACUUCACACUGUAAUGAAGAAGAACACAGGGAUAUGAUGUCUAAACUCGGCACUUAGCAUCAGUGCUGGUUUUGAGGCCAUGUGAAAGCUAUAAUUUAGAUGGCCAUCGCUUAAUCAAUGAGCAGCCCUGACGUCAGAGAUGAGCCGGUACUCGUCUCCUUCACCCAGCCCACCUGGGUCACCGGCUUGUGUGACCGACGCUGUGAGACAACGAGGUGAUCAGCGCAGAAACCACAGGCGGCCAGGUGCCAGGCAGAGCGAGAGCUGUUUCUAGGUAGGAAAAAAAAGUUGUGAUUGUUUAAACGCAGAAUUCGGGUGCAAUGUCUGAGACGAAAAGUCAGGACCCAGGACAGUGCAACAACAACAACAGCAGUGGCGGCGGCAAAGUGGCCCCUAGAAACGUGGAGAAAAAAUGCUCUUGGGCUUCUUACAUGACCAACUCGCCGACGCUCAUUGUAAUGACGGGACUUCCGGCCAGAGGCAAGACGUAUAUGUCUAAGAAGCUUACACGCUAUCUCAAUUGGAUUGGCGUGCCCACGAAAGUAUUUAACCUUGGGGCAUACCGUAGAGAAGUAGUGAGAUCCUACAAGUCCUAUGAGUUUUUCCGACAUGACAAUGCAGCGGCCAUGAGGAUUCGCAAACAAUGUGCUCUUAUUGCUUUGGAGGAUGUAAAGCUUUAUUUAACCGAAGAAGGAGGUCAGAUAGCGGUAUUUGAUGCUACAAACACAACUCGUGAGAGAAGAGACAUGAUCCUUAACUUUGCAAAGGGAAAUUCAUUUAAGGUGUUUUUUGUUGAAUCUGAAUGUGAUGAUCCUGAAGUCAUUGCAGCUAACAUCAUGGAAGUGAAAGUUUCCAGCCCGGAUUAUCCUGAAAUAAACCGAGAGAAUGUCAUGGAUGAUUUCCUGAAGAGAAUUGAAUGUUAUAAAGUUACAUAUGAGCCUCUGGACCCUGAUUCCUAUGACAAGGAUCACUCCCUUAUUAAAGUCAUCAACGUGGGACAGAGGUUUCUCGUAAACAGAGUGCAAGAUUACAUCCAAAGCAAAAUCGUGUACUACCUCAUGAACAUUCAUGUGCAGCCCCGAACAAUAUACCUAUGCCGACAUGGUGAAAGUGAUUGUAACGUUGCUGGAAGAAUUGGAGGAGAUUCAGGACUUUCUCCACAGGGAAAACAAUUUGCCCAAGCACUCAGAAAGUUUAUUGAGGAGCAAGAAAUUGUGGACCUCAAGGUUUGGACCAGCCAACUGAAAAGAACAAUCCAAACAGCAGAAUGUCUUGGCGUGGAUUAUGAACAGUGGAAAAUUCUCAAUGAGAUUGAUGGUGGUGUAUGUGAAGAGAUGACCUACAAAGAGAUAGAAGAAAAGUAUCCUGAAGAGUUUGCAGCAAGGGAUCAAGAUAAAUAUCUUUAUCGUUACCCUGGUGGAGAGUCAUACCAGGACCUCGUACAGCGUCUUGAGCCGGUCAUUAUGGAGCUGGAGCGUCAGGGGAAUGUUUUGGUCAUCUGUCACCAGGCUGUCAUGAGAUGUCUUCUGGCUUACUUCUUAGACAAAAGUGCAGAUGAUUUGCCAUACCUCCGUUGCCCACUGCAUACCGUAAUUAAGUUGACGCCUGUUGCUUAUGGCUGUAAGGUAGAAAUGAUAAGGCUUAAUGUGGAUGCCGUGGACACACACAGAGAGAAACCACCCGGUGUAUUUGACCAAAGCCAAGCCCCGAUGCGGAUGAGAAGAAACAGCUUCACUCCUCUGUCCAGCUCUGAUACGAUCAGGCGCCCGCGCAAUUACAGUGUCGGGAGUCGACCUCUUGAACCUGUGGGAUCUGAGAGAUUCAGAAUGGCCCCGGAUGGAUCUGAUCGACCCUUAAAACAACGUUCUCUGGAAAAUACUUACAUGGGUCCAGCAGACACCAUUGGUUGUGAUGCCUUCUUGUAGCUCUCUAGGACUGUGUAGCUGCGAACAGUUGGAUCCGCCCGAAUCUUUCCUUCCAUCCACUGCAUCGAUUUCCUGGAAUCUCCUCUUUUGUCUCAAAGAAGCUUCAGUGUGUUCAUGUUCUAUUUCUCUGUUUCACUAAAAGGGAAUGGAAGGCAUGUUUUCCAUUAGCAGAAUACGCCCAAAACUAUUUGCAGUGUAUGAAAAACGGCAUAUUUUCAAUCUCUUUUAAAACCUUCAAAAAUUAAAUGUGGAGCUAUGGCAUAUAGCUCUUAAAUCAAUUCACAAUUAACCUUUUUGGUGCAUUUUUCUUGUGUAGGUCUUAAUAUUUUUUAUUUUUACAUUACAUCUUAAUAUGUGAAUGCAAAGCUCUGUGUAUUUUAGAUUUUUAGUUUGGCAGCUAUUAAGUUAUCCCCCCCUCCCCCUUUAUAUGCUUUGUUUCUACAUGAAUAAAACAUUUUCCAGGUUUCAGGUAACCUAGAGAAUGUGCAUGUAUUAUACAUGGGUACAAAAAAACAUGUAUAAGGUUUUCCUGAAACUUUAAAUGUUUUGAAUGUAGGUGGCUGUAACAUAUUCUGUAACGCAAACACAUAUGGAAAGCCUUUUAUCUACCAUUUUUCUGAAUAGAUUUA